AUGGACACUUUCACCUUCGCGAGUGCGUCCGAGGUCAAGACGAGUGUCAGCGUCAAGGUAGGCCGUCUCGAGGGCUAUGAGAAAGCCUUGGCCUAUUCUACUCUACUACGCCAGCCGGAAUUGCGCCAUCGAGGUUCCAAUUUGAGCCCAACCUCGGAGCUCUAUGUCACGGCCCAGGUCUUUGCCGACAGCAAACCCUUGACCGUACACGCCCAGACACCAUACAAGACGUUCAAGACUGCCCGUGCCUGGAACGAAUGGCUGCGUCUACCCAUUGACUACGCCCUCCUUCCCCUCAAUGCCCAGCUCGCAAUCACUGUCUGGGACCUGUCACCUGCCGGAAACCAAGGCGCAAGAGGUCACCACAUCCCUUUUGGCGGCACCACAAUCUCGCUGUUCGAUGAUGACGGCACACUGAGGAAAGGCAGGCAAAAGUGCCGUCUCUGGAGGCACAAGCAGGCUGAUGCCUUUUCUGACUCGACUACUCCAUGGGCUCCCUCUACGAAGCGUCGCCGUCGUAGCCAGGAGGACAAGCAGCUGUUCGCCGAUGACAAGCACAGUCAGAGGGCUGCCGAGCUCGAAAGACUGCAAGGUCUGCUGAAGAAGCACGAGAUGGGGGAAUUAUCUGAGCACAAAUGGCUGGAUCAGAUGGUCUUCCGCCAGAUUGAGCGCAUGGAGAGGGCCAACAUCCGUGACGACUCGAAGAUACAUGCUCAACCACCUCGCCAUACUGAUAUCGACGGUCAUUCGCAAGACGAUUCGGCUAUUUUCUACCUGUACAUAGAGUUUCCCCGCUUCGACCACCCCGUUGUCUUCACCGAUCACGAGUACCCUCCACCCCCAGUGUCUAGUGCUCGCCUGCGCACCGCUCCAGGCUCAGAUGUCCGCUUAAAACCCCCGCCAGAGAUACACGUUGGUCCGGGCAUCGAUCAGAAGAAGCCCGCUUACGGAGAUGCCAACGCUCCCCACCUGAUACGCAUAUAUGACCCUGAAGUGGGCUUCUAUGACAACCCUGCAGAGAUCAAGCAUCGCAGCUUGGUUCGAAAUCAACGCAUCGGCAUGCUUGACAGGCAUCUCAAGCCAAACCCAAAGACGCGAGACCAGCUCAACCACAUCUUGUCAUAUGGCCCGACCACCGACUUGAGCGCCGAGGAAAGAGACAAAGUCUUCAAGUUCAGACACUACCUCACUCGCGACAAACGAGCUCUGACCAAGCUGAUCAAAUCGACCUCUUGGAAUGACUCGAACGAGGUGCGCCAAGUCAUUCAACUGCUCCCUAAGUGGGAAGAGAUUGAUAUUGACGACGCUCUCGAAUUGCUUGGUCCUUCUUUUGACAACAAAGAAGUCCGAACGUAUGCUGUUGAUCGCUUGCGCAAGGCAGGUGACCAAGAGCUAUUGCUAUACCUCCUUCAACUCGUCCAGGCUUUGAAAUUCGAGCCUGAGGUCAAGUCCAACGCGAACUUCGACCAAUACGACUCAUCUCUCGCCAGCUUUCUUAUUGCCCGCUCUGCUGCCAACAUUCUUCUUGGUAACUAUCUACAUUGGUAUCUCAUGGUCGAAUUGGAUGAGAGUUCGAAUGAUGCACAGGGCGCCACCUUCAAGAAACUAUAUGCUCGUGUAUCCUAUGAUUUCAUGCAGGAGCUUGAGAAGACAUCCGAAGGUCAAGACCGUCGCAAGAUUCUACUUCGCCAGGGUGAAUUUAUCACCGUCUUGUCGCAGCUCUCUGACGACGCGCGAAACAAAAGUCUCGAUCGCACACGCAAAGUCGAGAAGCUCAAGAAAGCUCUUAUGGAUCCCAAAAACGAUCUUGUCAAGAUCGAUCCUCCACUUCCUCUACCUCUUGAUCCUGACGUCCAAAUUGUUGGUGCCGUACCUGACAAUGUCAACAUCUUCAAGUCAACGUUAUCACCGCUGUUGCUCCACUUCAGAACAACCACUGGCGACAUCUAUCCUUUCAUCUUUAAGGUUGGCGACAACUUACGCCAGGAUCAACUUGUCAUUCAGAUCAUCACAUUGAUGGACCAACUCUUAUUGAAAGAGAACCUCAACCUCCAGCUAUCGCCAUAUCGUAUUCUGGCAACUGGCGCACUGGCUGGCGCGGUUCAGUUUGUUUCCUCCAGUCCUCUCUCCGCAAUCCUGGGAAGCGCCAAGUACAACAAUUCAAUUCUUGGCUACCUCCGCGAGCAAAAUCCAGAUGGCUCCGCGCCUAUGGGUGUUCGUAAAGAGGUGAUGGAUACAUACGUGAAGUCGCUGGCUGGUUACUGCGUCAUUACGUACCUGUUGGGUGUCGGUGAUCGACACAUGGAUAACUUGCUCCUCGCUCCAGAUGGUCACUUCUUCCACGCCGACUUCGGCUAUAUCCUGGGUCGCGAUCCUAAACCCCUAGCACCAAGUAUGAGACUCAGCGCUGAGAUGAUUGAUGGACUGGGUGGUAGUCCCGACCGGAAUCCAAGCAAUCCCGACAGCAGAUUCAAUGAGUUCAAGCAGUACUGUUUCACUGCCUUCACCACACUACGUCGCUCGUCGAAUCUCAUUCUUAACCUCUUUGCACUCAUGCAAGACGCUAACAUUCCUGACAUCAAACUCGCUGGCGACCAAGCUGUCAAGAAGGUUGAAGAGAGAUUUUGUCUGCAGCUGAGUGAGGAGGAGGCAAUCACCUUCUUCGACAACCUUAUUAGCAGGUCAUUCGAGGCAUGGGGUCCUGUGCUCAUUGAUGGUAUUCACGACUUCAUGCAGCGUAUCAAGGCAUAG